CGCACGGACAUCGAGCCGGGAUUGCCCCGCCCGAGACAAGAUGGCGGCGCGCGUGCUGCGGGGCCUGUGCCGGCCGGGGCUGGCGCCUCUCGGCGCCGCCGCGUGCUCGCAGCGGGCCGCCGCCGCCAGCGGCACCGAGUACCGCAGCGCCUACAGCCUGGACAAGCUGUACCCGCCGCGGCGGGACGGGGCUACCGACAGCGAUGCCGAGCAGCCGCCGCUGCCCGCCCUUGACAUCCCCGUGGCUCGCCUCACCGUGUCCUACUGCCGCAGCAGCGGCCCGGGUGGGCAGAACGUCAACAAAGUGAACACCAAGGCAGAAGUUCGGUUCCAUCUGGCAACAGCAGACUGGAUCCCAGAAGCUGCGAGAGAAAAAAUGGCAGCGAUGCACAGGAAUAAGAUAAACCGAGCGGGCGAGCUGAUCGUGAGCUCUGACGAGAGCCGCUACCAGAUGAGGAACCUGGCAAUUUGUCUAGAGAAAAUCAGAACCAUGGUGACAGAGGCAACCGAAAAACCCAAGGUGGUGUCCAAGGAGACGACACAGAAACUCAUAGAGAGGGUGGAAAAGAUGAACCGCGAGCGACUACGACAGAAAAAGAUACACUCACACAUAAAACAGAGCAGGAAGGCAGACCUGGACUGAGACGUGCAGAGCUGGAAGUCCCUGGCAUACGGUCUUUAUAAUGAAAUGGCAUUGGCAGCUGUUGAUGAUGCUGAACUCAGGAGCUAUAUUGAAUAAAAAUGGUCUAAAAAUGCAAAUAAAAACAUUUGCCAUCUCCUGUUGAACCCAGUGGUGAUCGGGGCCAGUCUGUCCGUCACUGCAGAAAAGUUACUGCUCAUUUCCGAGAGAAACUAAACAUCGGAGGUCCCGUCAGCUGCUGCUCAGGGUUUUUAAUCCUUUAUCCCCUUUGACCCAGCUCUGCUGCAAGAGCCCCCCCUGCUGCUGAGCACAGGCAGUGGGUUUCUGGGGAAAGAAAGGGAAGAAGGGGAAGGGUAAAAGCAGCGCAAAUACCAAUCUAAGUAGCAAAUAAAGCAUUCACCAUUUCAGGCAGUUUCCUUCCAUUUUAGUUGAUUUCUUUCUUAACCAAAAAGAAGCGUGGGUCAUUUCGUUAAACACCUGAAGCGGCGGCAGGGGUGCAGCAGGGAUGUGGGAGGAGGCAGCUGCUGGCGCUGAGGGACAGAACCCACCCUGUCGGCGCAGGAGGCUCCUGACCCUCGAGGUGGAACGCAAAGAACCUCACCCUGAGUCCUGCCGGUGCGAGAGCCACUUGUCCGUGGAUCUGGUUUAGAACAAAGCUCUGCCCCUUAACGUGGGGGGUGGCUGGACUGGGUGGUCUUAGUCUUUUCCAACCCUAAUGACUCGAUGGUUUCACAGCUGCUUAAUUGGUUUCCUGAGGAAGGUCACAAAGACGCGGAAAUUUCCCUUUUUUCCCCAUCCUUGUGUGGCCCCAGUGGCCUAAUGGAUAAGGCACUGGCCUUCUAAGUCAGGGAGUGUGGGUUCGAGUCCCACCUGGGGUGAGGAAAGGAGAGGAACCUUUGUUUUAGGCAAGAGCCAAGAGGGGAGAGAGCACCAGGAGACCCCAGAGCCACAUCGUCACCCGCUGCUCAGGUUACCCUGACCGGAUGUUACAGCAAGAGUGGCAAAGCCAUCCAAAAAA